UAAAACUUCCGCCGAUCGCUUGGACGCGUAUUGUGUGUUUUUUUUUUUUGCUUCUCGCCCUUUAUCAGUUCCAUUCGCUCCAUGUUUAGUGCAGUCUGUCCAGAGCGUAGCACAUCAGUAGUCAUUCCGUGCUCGUCUAAAUCGGUUGCGUUUCGGUACAUUCACUUUCUACAAUCGCGCUCACAUAGUUAGAACAGUACAGUGAGGGAGGCCCGUCCUACCAAGCAGUGAAAGUUUUCUUUUAUGCCUAAAAAGAAGCCCCACACGAUGCCUUUACACACUGUGCGUUGAAUGUAACACUCUGCCGGUAUUUGAUCCUUACGGUGAAGAAGUAGCAAAAAGGACGCGCCAAGUUCGACGAUCCUUUUACAAACAACAAAUUAAGUGAUAAUGAUACCGUACGAGCUGGUGACACUGCAAUAUUUUUAAAAAGGGUUCCCAUAUAUGGGUUUACGGUGUAAUGGGACAUUUCCCCACACCCAUAUUUCCCCUAGGCGCAACCGAAGUUCACCAACCGUACGUAGUGCAGCCAUCGUAGGGCUUCUCGCGCCAUUGACGGAUGCAUUUGCCGACCGAAGAAAACGACAGCGAUCAAUCUUAUCGUACCGAGUUUCCCAGCACAUCCGCGCACGUGUCCCUCGGUCGCGCACGUGUUUCCUCGAGCAAACUGUUCCAUACGACGCGACCUGUCCUUAACAUGCAGUGCAUUCUGUCCUAACAAGACGUGCGAAAGUGUGUUAAUCGUUGGAGGACCAAACUUACACUCCUGGUACACGGUUCCGCUCUGAUGUAAUGGCUGAGGAAGGAUUCAGUAGCGUAAUGCGAUUAGUCGCGUGUAGUCGCGGUUCCUCCGUUGGUGGCGGUGUUAGCGAAACGCGUGAUAAUGAGGCCGGCAGUGAAAGUGAGAACGCGGUGGUUCCAGAACGGCGCAAGAAACCGAAACGCAUUUUGAUAACAGGUGAUUGCAUACACUCGAACCGAGUGGUGACGUUUGCUGUUAUGGGCAUGAUUGGUUGCAUGGUAAACGUAGUUUUUGGAGCAAUGUACACCACAGGCAACGAAUCCUCAACCGAGGGUCUCCUCUAUCCGAUUGAAUCGGAAACGCGUGAAAUGAAGAAGCUGGACGGGAUGUGGAAUUUCGUGCGCUCGGAUAGUAACAAUCCGUCACAAGGCAUCCGUGAGAAGUGGUACAUGGAUGAUUUGGCCCGGGUUCGUAAAACGAUCGGUAUGCCUGUACCGAGCAGUUACAACGAUCUCACGGAGGAUGCAGCACUUCGCGAUCAUGUCGGAACGGUGUGGUACGAUCGUAAGUUCUUCGUCCCGAAGGCAUGGUCGAAUGGAGAUGAUCGUGUCUUCAUAAGAUUCGGUUCCGUACAUUACGAUGCAAUAGUGUGGAUUAAUGGUGUUCAGGUAGUAAAGCACGAGAUUGGACAUCUUCCAUUUGAGGCUGACGUGACGACCGUUCUCAAGUAUGGUGCCGAAAAUCGCAUAACCGUGCUGUGUGACAAUGUGCUGCUUCAGGUGACAAUUCCUCAGGGCAAAGUGGACAAUCAACCAAUUGACAAUGGCGUGGAAUUGGUUCAAUCGUACACGUUCGACUUCUUCAACUAUGCGGGAAUUCAUCGUUCGGUUGUGCUGUACACAGUGCCCCGGGUCUACAUCCGGGAGGUAGUGGUUCAUACCAGCUAUGAAGGAGAGCAAGGACGUAUCGACUACCAGGUCACGACCAGCACGAACGCGACCGAAAAACUCCAGCUGACGGUGAAGCUGUACGAUCGCAAUGGAACACAUGUCAGCACGGACGAAUCGGAAGCGAAACUGCAGGGAACGGUUGUUAUUCCGCAGGUGAAACUCUGGUGGCCGUACCUCAUGGAUCCCGAACCGGGCUAUCUCUAUACGAUGGAGAUCACGCUGGGAAAAGCACAAUCCAACGAAGCACCUACUGCUACCAAGGAUGAACAAGUGCUAGAUGUCUACCGGAUGAAGGUUGGCAUUCGUACGCUUGAAUGGAACAACAGCACGUUCCUGAUCAAUAAAAAGCCCAUUUACUUCAGAGGAUUUGGACGUCACGAGGAUUCGGAUCUCCGUGGCAAGGGACUAGAUUUAGCGCUGCUGACCAAAGAUUUCAACCUGCUCAAAUGGGUCGGAGCCAAUGCGUACCGGACGUCACACUAUCCUUACUCGGAGGAAAGCAUGCAGUUUGCGGACGAACACGGCAUUAUGAUCAUUGACGAGUGUCCUAGUGUAGACACCGAGAAUUAUUCGCAAAUAUUGCUUGAAAAACAUAAAUCCAGCAUUGAGCAGCUAAUUCAUCGUGACCGUAACCAUCCCAGUGUUGUGAUGUGGUCCAUCGCUAAUGAACCUCGCACGGGGAAACUGAACGCGGACGCUUACUUUGCCGCCGUUGCACAAUAUACCAAAAAGCUCGAUCCAACGCGACCGAUAACUGCCGCUAUUGCUGUUAACGUGAAUGAUGAUGUUGCUGCACAGCAUCUGGACAUCGUUAGCUUCAACCGAUAUAACGCAUGGUAUUCUAACUCGGGCAAACUCAACAUGAUCACCAACCGCGUCAUUGAGGAAGCUGAAGCUUGGAACAAGAAACAUAAUAAGCCGGUCUUGAUGUCAGAGUACGGUGCUGAUACGCAGGAAGGGCUUCAUACGCUGCCAGCCUACAUCUGGUCGGAGGAUUACCAAACACGCGUCUUCAGCCAGCACUUUAAGGCGUUCGAUGCGCUCCGAAAGCAAAAUUUCUUCAUCGGGGAAUUUGUGUGGAACUUUGCCGACUUUAAAACGGCGCAAACGUACACACGCGUCGGUGGCAACAAGAAGGGUAUUUUUACCCGCAACAGACAACCGAAGGCGGCCGCUUACCUGUUGCGUCAACGCUAUCAUGCACUGGGUGAGCUAGGCAAGAGUUACCUACCUAGUGACCUGUUCCUCUACACAGCGCCGGAAAACAAACAGUUAGGAGGCGAGCGAACCGAACUGUAACUACCAACGCCAGCCCACUUACAUCAUAAGAGCGUAAAAAACAAACAAGUAUUCGUCUAUCUUUUUGUUCUGUUCUUUUUCUACUAUUUAAGUGUUGAACUGUAAUUAUUUUUGGACUGAUAAUACAAAGAACAAU